AUGAUGAUGAGCGGGUUCCGUUGGAAUACUUCAGAUUUUCCAACACCAAUCUUUGGAUCGUAUGAGGCGUGGAAUUUGAACAAGAGUCUCUGUGCCGAUCGCUACUCCCGAUACGGCGCAUAUGGUUAUCUUCAGGGCAAGGAAACCGCUCAAAUCCACGAUCUCAAGGAUCAAUCGGGUUCCAGCCAAACCACCAAAAUAGACUGGGAGAAGGUCAACUGGGCCAACUUGCAACAUGAGUGUCUGCAGCGCAAUAGUGAUCGAUAUCGCACGCACCCAUCUGAAGAAAAGAUAUACGCUCUGUACAAGUCCCUGGAUAAAGAUUCGCAGUCUCGACAACCAUUGAACGAGACUGUCAACCCCCAUCCCCGGACAGCUGUUAUACUGCGCUCUUGGCUCGGUAUGAAAUAUACCAAGAAUGACUUGUACCACAUUCGAUCUAUGAUUAUGGAGUUGUCACUCUACUCGGGAGCGGAAUAUGAGCUUAUUCUCCUAAUUGAUUGCCAGGGCACGAAAUUGCCCGAAAAGACUGACCAUGCUGCCUGGAAGGCGUUUGAAGAGAAACAUUUGCCACAAGAGCUACGCAGUCUGGCGGUAUGGUUCAAUGCAGAUAUGUUAAAAGAUUGGUACCCUGCGAUUGAUGUUCAUGUAGCGAUAUUGCAAUAUUUCCAACCCACGCAAAUCUUCUCACGACUACACCCCCAAUACGACUACAUUUGGCAGUUCGAGAUGGACUCUCGAUACACCGGCCAUAUGUACGACCUUUUGCACAAGGCAACAGAGUUUGCGAAGCAGCAGCCACGAAAGAAUCUGUGGGAGCGCAACUCUCACUUCUAUAUUCCUGCGGUCCAUGGCACAUGGGAAGAAUUCACGAAGAAGGUGGAUCAGGAAAUGCUGGGACAUGAAAACAGCAGUAUUUGGGGCCCUCGCCCUGCAGAAGGCAUCGACAUCAAAGGACAAGCUAUUCUUCCACCUGUAUCACGCCCAGGAAAUGAGACAGGGACAUGGGGUGUGGGCGAAGAAGCCGAUCUGAUCACCUGGCUGCCUCAUUUCAACCCAGUUGGUACAGACUGGCCUUUCCGUGACCGUGUUUUCAAUUUCCCCCAAGAUCAGGAGACCCCACGCUGGGCAGCUGUCGUGGCAAUGUCUCGCAUCUCGGCGCGACUGCUCGGUCUAUUGCAUGCUGAUAAGGUAAAAUCAGGAGUCGGUCUCGCAUCCGAGAUGUCCCCUAUAUCCUGGGCUUUGUAUUAUGGUUUGAAGGCGGUGCAGAUCCCCCAGCCGGUGUACCACAAUGCCCAAUGGGACCCUGAGGAAUUGAACCGCCGCGCCAACCCGGGUGAGCCUGGCAAGAUCAAUGCUGGGCUUGACAGUAUCUGGAGCUGGGGCAAACAUGAUGAUAUUCUCUACAACACGACAUUUAUGUUUAAUUCUGAAUUCGGGGAGAGGCUAUACAGAGCCUGGAUGGGCUAUGAUGGCGCCAAAGAGUGGGAAAAGGAAAACACUCGACUCUGUCUUCCUCCUAUCUUUCUACAUCCAGUCAAGAAUGUCGAGCCUGUGAAGACAAAAGCCGCUUGA